AUGCCGUCCACUUACGAGCCUCUUGGCCAGGACGCUCCGGACGACGCCUUCCAUGCAGGAUCGUCCUCGCGCCCUGCAGUCAGCGCCGCCUAUCUUCCCAAGCCCGAGACAUACUAUGGCGACGGCCCCUUUGACCCUCCGAGCUCGGACGAUGAAUCCGACAUCCUGCUUGAGAAGGGCGCCCCCCGUUCCCCUAGCCUCAUCGAGGAGGACGGCGAUCUCGUCGUGGGUAGUAGCAGUCGCAAAACACGACCGGCAUCCUUGAAAUACCUCAUUAUCUCCCUCGUUUCUCUCGUUUCCCUUGCCGUCUUCAUCGGCAUAUUCGCCGCAAGAUCCUACACUGGCACCGCUUUCCGCAUACAGGGCGUCCAGCACCUCACCAUGGACCAUAUUUUCAACGGCACCUUCUCCGCACACAGGAAGGACAUCCACUGGGUCCCAGAGGCGGGGGAUGGUGUGUACGCAGUCGUCGAAGGCUCGAGUAUUUCCCUCCACGAUCUCAAGACCAACACCACGCAGGUAUUGGUCUCUCUGUUUGACAUCAAAGACGAACAUGGCAUUCCGCUCAGUUGGGCAGAGUGGAAGCUUUCCAAGGACAUGAAGUAUCUCCUCGUCAAGGCUGACUAUCAGAAGCAAUGGCGGCAUUCGAGCUUCGGCAACUACUAUGUGCACGAGUUCGCGACCAAGGUGACCCGCCCCCUGAUCCCACCCUCCCGACCACCCGUGACCGCGUAUGCUACGUGGUCGCCAACGGGCGAUUCCAUCGCGUUCGUCGCCUUGAACGAUCUCUACGUCGUCCCCUCUCCCUUCGACGACCCGGUCCGCGUGACGACCUCCGGCAACGCCUCCCUCUUCCACGGCGUCCCCGACUGGGUGUACGAAGAGGAGGUGUUCUCGUCCGACUACGCGCUCUGGUGGGCGCCCGACUCGUCCAAGCUCGCGUUCCUCGCGUUCGACGAGACCGCCGUGGACGAGUACACGUUCCCGGUCUACAACCCGACCGAGGACUCGCACACGGUCGUGCCGUACCCCGGGCACGUCGUCAUGAAGUACCCGAAGCCGGGGUACGCGAACCCGCUCGUGAGCGUGCACGUGUUCAGGCUGGACAGCUACCUCGCAAGUGUCAGGCAGGUCGGGGGUUCUGGUAACGUUAACACGACGGAGUUUGCGAAGCAGGCGACGCUAGAGCUGGACUGGGACGGGAGACAGGCGAGGGAUAACAGUGUGGUUGCGGAGGUCGCUUGGGUGAGCGGGAGCGCACUGCUUGUGAAGGAGGUGAACCGGGCGGCGGAGGACGGGCAUGUGGUCUACUUCGACUUAGGCCAGGUGGGCGCUAUUGGGGUGCCGGUGAGGAAGUUGGGGAAGGAGGGCGAGCAGGGAGAUGAUGGCUGGAUCGACGCUUCGCAGGCGAUCUAUCCCAUCGAGGCCGCGUUAUCGCAGAACGGUGCGCCCGCUUACCUGGACGUAGUCCCCACCCCGGAAGGGUACAACCAUAUCGCGCUAUUCAGCCCUGCGAACUCGAGCACGCCGCAGUUCCUGACGUACGGCGAGUGGGAGGUCACGAGCGGGAUACUCGCCGUCGACAACAACCGUUCUCUCGUGUACUUCCAGGCCGCGAACCCAUCGUCGACGCAGCGCCAUAUUUACUCGGUGCCGUUGCCGAAGGGGAGGGACGCGGAACGAGUCGCGCCAAGCUCUCUUACGGACGUGUCGAGCCCCGGGUAUUAUGAUGCUAGCUUUUCGCCUGGGGGCGCGUUCUACCUCCUCAGCUACCGUGGACCACAUCCGCCAUGGCAACGCGUCAUCCACGUUGGGGAUCAUACGUUCGACUACGUCGUAAGCGAAAACCCGCAACUGAACGACACGCUCGCCACGUACGAGCUCCCAAUCGUGACCCACACCACGAUCGACUCGGACGGGUACGAGCUGAACGUGCUCGAGCUGCGCCCCGCGCGGAUGGACGACUCGGGCCGGACGAAGUACCCCGUGCUCUUCCGCGUGUAUGGGGGCCCCUUCUCGCAGAUGGUCGACGUAGGCUUCCGGCACGACUGGCACGACUACGUCGUGUCCGAGCUGCAGUACAUUGUUGUCAUCGUCGAUGGUCGCGGGACGGGAUGGAAGGGAAGGGGCUUGAGGAACCCGGUGAAGAACCAGCUGGGGAAGUGGGAGACGCGGGACCAGAUCAAUGCUGCGAAGGUGUGGGCUGCGAAGGAGUAUGUGGACACGAAGAGGAUCGGGAUUUGGGGAUGGAGCUAUGGUGGGUUCAUGAGUUCGAAGGUCGUCGAGGCUGAUGCGGGCGUGCAUUCAUUGGCGAUCGCUGUUGCGCCCGUGACUAGCUGGAGGUUAUACGACUCGAUCUACACCGAGCGUUAUAUGAACCUGCCAGCAGUCAACCCCGACGGUUAUGUGACCGCAUCGAUCUCGAACGUGACCGGGUUCCACAACGUCGACUUCCUGCUCAUGCACGGCAGCGGAGACGACAACGUACACUACGCCAACUCCGCGCACCUGCUUGACAUGUUCACCGCCGAGAAGGUGCGCAACUUCCGAUUUAGGAUGUUCACCGACAGCGAUCACAGCAUCUACCGCCGUGGGGCGAACCGGGAGUUGUACGAGCAGAUGACGGAGUUCUUGCUGGAGAAGUGGGGAAAGGGUGGGAAGAGGAGGGCGUGGUGAUGUUAGCGUAUACGCAC